GUCCACUUUUCACUAAAAGGGAACGUAAGAACAGAGAGAAAGUCUUGUACAUCUCUCCUUCAGAACUACAGUGUGUUUGCUCAGUGUGUUUGAUGGACUCUCAGAUCAAAACAGGGAAGGUUUACCUGCGACCACACAAAGCUGGCAAAAAAUGGAAGCCAGUGCUGUUGUCUCUGUUUCCCCACAGUAGCAUGGGAGUGGGUCGACUGGAGAUACAGGAUAUGGGAGGUGGUGGUAGUGGAGCUGAUCAUGGUGCUGGGGUCAGGAGACACCACCAACCUCAUGCGGACAGGAAGCUGAAGGUGGUCCGACUGUCAGAGCUGAUCAGUGUCCUCAGACUCCCCCCAAACGCUGAGGCCUGUCCCAUGGAGAACAUGUCAGCAUUUUGUGUGGAGACUCAGGACAGGACGAUGGUGUUUGCUGCACUCAAAGAUGACUGUGUGGAGUGGGUAGAAAAACUGUGUCACAGCACGUUUCAGAGAGGUGGUGACUCAAGCUCUUAUCAGCUUCAUAUGGAGGAGAACCAGAUAUAUGCCUCCGCAGAGGAAGCCACAGAGUUCUGGGUGGUAAUUCAAAGGACUAAUGCAGCAACACGUUGCGGCCUUGAGGGGUCAUACUGGCUUCAGGUGGGGCCAGAGUCACUGCUGCUGAAAGACAACCAAAAGAAGAACAUUGUUAGAGAAUGGCCGUAUGAACUGCUGCGACGAUAUGGAAAAGAUAAGCUGGCCUUAACCAUUGAAGCAGGUCGACGUUGUGACUCUGGUCCUGGAUCAUUCACCUUUGAGACGCAGCAGGCUGACAAAAUCUUCUCCCUGAUUCAAAGUACCAUCAAACGGAAGACUUCAACCGUUACUUUAGACAACCAAAUUCAAGAGGCUGACAAAGUUGCUAUCACAAAAAAUCAGGCUCAUUCCCCUCUGCCCAAAAUACCUGAUGCAACCAAUAUGGCUGUCAUUCUGGAGAACAAACUGAGGACACAGGAGAGGAAAUCUCCUACCUCACAAGAAAGUGUUCCUGCUCCAAAAGAUUCUUCAGAGAGUAUAUCAUCACAGCCAGCUCCUAUCACCCUAAUGCCUCUCCCACUGGUCCCCACACAUGAUAGCCACUCUGGAGGUGGACAGUCAGAAGCUGUAUAUGCUGACCCAGCUGACUGCAUUCAAUCUGUUCCAAAACCACAACCAACCAUGGCUCUGUAUGUAGACCCUGCAAGUGUUCUUCCCCUCAAACCCCCCAGUUUCAUAAACAAUCUCCCUCCUCACCCCUCCACUUCUAGUCCUUGCUCUAACAUAAAGCAGCUAGACUCGAUCUACUCGGAGGUGUACGAUAAAAUUAGUCCAGUGGAGGAUAAACAAUCUGUCGCUCAGUUCAGGGGAAAUACACCGUGUUUUGUAGAUGACGAACCCAUUUAUGCAGAACCCAUGGGCAAAAAGGAGGAAGAAUCUCAUAAAAAGGAAGGCAAAUCCAACCCAUUUGCACAUCUUUAUGCUCAAGUCUGCAAAACAACACCCUCAUCUUCACCCUCUGCUUCCAAUCCCCUUGUUACCACCAGUAUGAGCACAACCAAAGCCACUGACCAGACUCUAGAUGAUGUGAUCUACGAUAACCUGGGCAUCAUUUAAUUCAAUUGUGAAACCUUUUACCAUGCCUGGUUAGCACUUCUGCAUGGAUGUGUUUUCUGUUGUGUAAAUGUGUAUACAAAUGACAAAAUGACAUCAAAUGUUGUAAAAGAAAUAUCAAAUGGGGAAAAAAAAAUAUUUUGGUCGACUCACUGAAAGAGCCAGAGAGGACCAGAUUUCAGUUCAAGUUACAAAUAAAGGAAUAAAGGGAUCGGGGUCGUUGGAUGAGGGAAAGGGGUCGAGGUUGGUGGAGGGUUUUAGGGGAGGGUUAUAAGAACUUGGGACGAACAGGAGAGAACUGCUUCGACUUGCCUUUAUAAAUUGAAUAGGUGAGAGAUUGAAUCAUUGUGAAUAGGUUGUUGAGUUGAUGAGGCACAGGUGGUUUGACAAGACUUGGCUUGUUAGGUUGAUGAGACGCGGGUGGCUGGAUUGACUGGGCCUGGGUGGCAGAUCAGUGAGGAGGAGUGGUGUGGUCGAGUUCCUGAACCUUUUUAUAAUAAAUCCAUAUCAUGAUGGACAGUUUCUUUUAAAAAUGGGGGUUAAAUUGAAGCAGCAGAGGUGAGAGGUGUCAUCUAAUUUAUGUCUCACAUUAUUCUUCCCUGUCAGAGCUUGGUGUCUACUACCCACAAAGUAAUUCUAAGGCUGACAGUUCAGUGGAAGAUUUGAGUGUGACAGGCAUACGUGGUUUGUUUAUAAUAGCUAUUUUACUCCUGUAACUUCAGUGACCUACAAAGUCGUGUACGUUACAUAUGUAACUUAAAGCAACACGAUGUAACUGUACUGGUACAGUGUCCUGUAACAGGGUGAAUGUUGUCUCUGUUACUUGUCUCUGCUCUGUUUAACUUCAGUGAGAGGGAAGGAUCACAGUAUUACGUACAUAUUAAAGUGAAACUUUGGCCAAAUGCAACCUAGGCUUUUUUUUCGUCAAUGUAUAUGAGUCAAACCUUUGUGUAAAAUCAUAAUUACGAUGAAAGAGGCAUAUUUAAGA